AUGGCACGUCAAGCAUCAUUUAAUGAGCAAACAUCUGCCAUAGAGGUCGCGGAGUUUUACCGUAGCGAAAUUCGCGGUAAAACCAUCGUCGUAACUGGCGUGAGCCUCAAUGGUUUGGGUUCUGCAUUUUGCAAAGCUAUCUCCCAAUAUGGUCCCCGUCUUCUCAUAAUCACGGGUCGUGAUAUACAGCGACCGCGGGCGGUUGCUCAAUUCUUCAAUGCUCAGUACGCAGGGGUUGAAAUCGCCACUGUGCAGAUAGACCUGUCACAAUCUGAUUCGGUGAAGAAAGCUGCGAGCGAAAUCAAGAAUCUCUGUACCCGGGUCGAUAUUCUUGUAAACAAUGCCGGCGUGAUGUGCUUCCCUCGACAUUGUUUGACCGAUGAAGAUGUUGAAAUUCACCUGCAGUCAACUAUAUUAGACACCUUCUGCUCUCUAAACUACUAG